AUGCAUCGCUUUUUUAAAUCCGAUUUCUUCAACUUCGAGUUUAUCCGGAUUCUCUCCGCCGCCCCCUAUGGCGGCGCCGAGAUCGGGGAAUGCCUCGUGGCGGCCAGUGAUAUCGCCAACGACAACCCCGAAAGCUGGCAUCGCGCGUGGCUAGCACAGGCAAACAAAGCCCGGGCCCUGGGCGAUGAGGCCAUGCGCACCGGGGACAGGGUUUCGGCACGGCGGGCAUUCCUGCGCGCAUCCAACUACUACCGCGCAAGCGGGUACAUGUUCCACGAUGCGCCAAAUACGCCGGAUCUUCGGGUACUCCCUCUAGCCCUCAAGGUGAUCGAAACAUUUGCGCAGGCGCUUCCAUUAGGCAACGGCCCGGCGUUUGCGGUCAGUAUCCCCUUCGAACCGUAUCCCCUACCCGGAUACCUUUAUCUCCCGCCCGCGUCGAAGCGACUGAAGGAGUCGGUACCACUGUUGAUCAGUCUGGGCGGGGCGGACUCCAUCCAAGAGGAGCUCUACUAUGUCUAUGCGGCCAGUGGGCCGAAUCUAGGCUACGCGGUGCUCACAUUCGAAGGGCCUGGGCAGGGGAUCAUGCUCCGACGGGAUAAGACCGCCAUGCGUCCCGACUGGGAAUUGGUCGUCGGCCGGGUGUUGGACUUCCUCGAGCGGUUUGUCGAAGAGUAUCCCGAGCUGGAACUAAAUCUCUCCCACGUGGCAGUGGCCGGCGCUUCCAUGGGCGGAUACUAUGCGUUACGCGCGGCGGCAGACCCCCGCAUCCAUGCCUGCGUCUCUAUUGAUCCCUUCUACGACAUGUGGGAUUUCGUCCGCAACCAUAUCUCUCCGAUGCUCCUCGACGGCUGGAACAAUGGCUGGAUCCCCACGCAGCUGAUCAACAGCAUGAUGGCCAUGGCCAUGGCCAGUUCGUUCCAGGCCCGGUGGGAAAUUGGAUUGGCCAUCUGGUUCUUCGGGGUGAAGACACCGACGGAUACCUUGGUUGAGAUGAUGAAAUUUACUCUCCGCCGACCGGACGGUUCGAGUCGCCUAGAUGAUGUAAAAUGUCCCGUGCUCGUAUCCGGCGCUACGCAGUCGCUGUACCUCGAGCACGAGGAGACCCUCCGCGUGUUCAACGCCCUCGAGCAUCUCGGGGAUAACCGACGAGAGAUGUGGAUUGGUCGAUCCCCAGAAGAAGGAGGGCUCCAGGCUAAGAUUGGAGCUAUUGGGUUGUCAGUACAGAAGACAUUUCAAUUCCUAGAUAAACAUCUAAAUAUUCAGCGGCUUUCACCGUCCCAGUCGGAGAUAGAGCAGCUGUACAUCAGGAGUAUUAGGGGCAGGGGGUUAUGA